AUGGAUUUACACAACAAAUCUAAUGAAUAUUCAAACUGCAAAGCAAUGGAAAAUGGCAAAAAUAGAUCUUUAAUAAAUAAAACCGAAUUAUUUAAGAUCAUAGCAAAACAAUGUCCAUUAUUCUUGAAAUAUAAUUUUAAUGAAAAAAUGGUAAUAGAGCUCCCUCCACCACUACCACCGGCACCACCACCACCGCCACCACCACCACCACCACCACCACCACCACCACCACCACCACCACCACCACCACCACCACCACCACCACCACCACCACCACCACCACCACCACCACCACCACCACCACUACCACCGCCACCUCCACCAUCUCAAGAAAAUCUACAUUUAGAAUUAAUUCUUGGAGGUCUAGUCAAUGAACCACAAAUUGACCCAGUAAUCGAAGAACACGAGUGCAAUAUCAUACGUUUAUCGGGAACUCUUAGAGAAGCUACUAAGGGUAUUGGAAAAUUACCAGAAACACUAAAUCAACCAAAUCUCUUUCUAGAACCAUUCCCCAAAAUAAAAUUUGGACCACCAAAAUCAUGUGUAAUCUUAAACUCUCUUGACCCUUGUUUUAAGUAUGUCGUUGAUUAUUUAGAUUUUCUUGAAACGGGUCCCUUUGGCCAAAUUAUUGUCAAUUCUGCCAUUCCUCAGCUAAUUCAAAUUUUUAUGGAAUUUUUAGCUUUAGAUUUUUAUAUCCACGCUAGGGUUGGUCAUGCUCGACCUCUUUAA